AUGCAAAUCAUCUACUCGAUUGCCAUCGGCGUUUCGCUAAUAUCGGCCACAAUUUUCUCGCUUCCCGCUUCCUACUCGUCGUCUCUCAACGAUCCAUUGAUGUCGAGCCUUGGCGGCGGUUACGGCCAACUCGGCGGCAUGUCGGCCGGCUCGGGAAUGUUCGCCGGCGGAAUUCCGCCGCCAAUGAUGCCACCGACAUACGGAAUGUCUCCCUACGGAAUGGGCGGUCUCGGCGGAAUGAUGGGACCAUAUGGAAUGGGAGGCAUCGGUGGUAUGGGUGGCGGUAUGUACGGAUCCCCGUAUGGAAUGUCGCCGGGACUCGGUGGUGGAAUGUCGCCUUUUAUGGGCAAAAAAUAA